AUGUCCCGAGUCCCCGAGAGAGCAAGAAACGGAAACCCCAUUCCCCCCUCCCCUCCACACUCCCGAUGUCCCGAGUCCCGAGUCCCCGAGAGAGCAAGGAAACGGAAACCCCAUUCUUCCCCCCACCCCUCCGUACUCCAGAAGUCCAGAUCGAUCCCAAUGGCGUCGUCCACGCUUCGCUGCCUUCCAGGCGACAUCCCGCCGACGACGCUGCUCACCCUACCAGAGGAGAUGCUCGAGGAAAUCCUCCUCUGCCUCUCCGACGCCGCCGACCUCGUCCGCGCCUCCAUGGCCCGCGUCUCCAUCCGCCGCCUCGUCACCAAUCACCGAUUCCUCCGCCGCUUCCGCACUCGCCACCCGCCGCCUCUACUGGGCAUCGUUUCUCCCUAUCCCCUGCACCGGUGGGACCGGCCGCUGCUGAAUCUGGCCCAGCCGCCGCACCCCUCCGCCGCCGCCGCGAGCGCUUUUUCUGGGCUUGACGCCGCCGACUUCUCGUGCACCUUCCUCCCCAACGCCGCGCGCUGGCGGCGCGACUUGCGGGACGGCCGCGUCCUCCUUUCCGGCCUCCCAAAGGGAACCAAAUUCAACAGCCACGCCUUUGUCAGGGACCUGGCUGUCUCUGACCCCCUGUCCCGGCGGUACAUACUGCUACCUCCCAUCCCCGACGACCUAGCCGCCUUGGUGCAGCCGCCGGACUUGGUGCGAUUCGAUCCCUUCCUUGCUCCUCCGGUCGCCGAGGAUGAGGAUGGCAUGUCUUUCAGAGUUAUUUGCUUGGCGCAUUGCACAACCAAGCUGGUCCUCCUCAUCUUCUCUUCAAGUGCUGGACAGUGGCAUCCUGUUACACUUGAAAAUUGGAUCGGUUUGCUCACAGGAUCAGACAACCCGGCUCCAGGCAACCAUCAAGACUUGUACUGGUUGCCGCGAAUGCGCCACUAUGCACACGGAUAUUUCUGUUGGGCAUUUUACGCAAAGGGAUCCAUGUAUCCGGUGAGCAAGUUGCUGAUGCUCGACACACAGAGCAUGGGUUUCUCUGCAGUCGACCUUCCGCCUCUCACCGAUAACACACGGGUUAUCAUUCUGGAGGCAGAGAAUGGAAGGAUUGGGAUGUAUAUGAAUGAGAAUUUGACAGCUGAACUAAGGUAUUAUGUGUUACAAAAUGAUGGAGUUGGUGAAAACCAGUGGCUGCAAAAGGAAACGCUCACUUUAAAUGAUCGCUAUAUGCUCAUUGGCGUAGCGGGGGGAUACUUACUUCUACAAGGGCUUCGACAAGACCAAUAUCCUUUUUUUUUGGUUUCAUUGGAUCUGAAGACUUUGGAGCUUGAGUGGUUCCUUGCAUCAAGGCACACCAACGUGGGUGCUCGUUUGUUUGCCAGUUUCCCACCAUCAUUGUCUCCCCCAACUCUUCGACAUGAUAUCUGA